GCAUGCGCACUAGCUGCGCAGAAACCACUUCAAUGAACACAAAGAAAAAUAUAUUUUCGGAAAAAGAAGAAAAUAGAUCUUAUCCAAUGUGUAGCAUACUCUAUUAUUAUUAUUGUACCCCUAAUUAGAAUAUUCUUGUAGGGAUUGGUGAGUUUUUUUUCUUGAGAUAAGUUCUUGCAUGCCUUUUCACGUGAAAGAGACUUUAUAAGGAGUUCAGUCUUAGAAACCUCUGGCACUUUUAGAAGUGAAAAUUAACGUAGAGGAAUUAUCGGUGUCCGACAAUUAUAGUAGCCAUUAAAAAAUGGCAGCAUACACAUUACCGGAGGGAUUCUCCGAUUUUGACAUGUUUGCAUUCGGUUCAGCUCUUCUUGUUGGGGGUCUUCUUGGAUUCUUCCUCAACGCCAUUUCAAUAUUGGCCUAUAUUAGCGUAAAGCAAAUGCGAACUCCCAGUAAUUUCCUUGUGUUUAACCUGGCUGUGGCUGACAUUAUGCUCAAUAUAACCGGCCUGAUCGCUGCUUACGCCAGCUUAUUUCAUAGUCACUGGCCCUGGGGCCAAGACGGAUGUAGCAACCACGCCUUCAUGGGGAUGACAGCAGUUCUGGCCUCUAUCAGCUUCCUGGCUACCAUCGCCUGGGACAGAUAUCACCAAUAUGUCACCAAUCAGAAGCUGUUUUGGAGCACGGCCUGGACUAUUUCUAUCAUAACCUGGGGUUUGGCUAUCUUCUGGGCCGCCGUCCCUCUGAUUGGUUGGGGAGUUUAUGACUUUGAGCCCAUGAGGACCUGCUGCACUCUAGACUACACCAAAGGAGACAAGGACUACAUUACCUAUAUGGGGGCCCUGACUGUCUUCUACCUUAUCUUCCCUGCUUAUGUCAUGAAGUCCAACUACGACGCCAUUCACGCAUACUUCAAGAAGAUCCACAAGCACAGGUGGAACACCAGUUUACCACUGAGGGUUCUGUUGUUCUGCUGGGGACCCUACGAAAUCAUGUGUAUCUACGCCUGCUUUUGCAACGCCAGACUGGUCUCUCCAAAGCUGAGAAUGUUGCUUCCUGUUUUGGCGAAAACGAACCCUAUUUUCAACGCGUGGCUCUAUUCCUUUGGGAACGAGUUCUACAGAGGAGGGGUGUGGCAGUUCCUGACUGGCCAGAAGUUUACUGAGCCGGUCGUUGUGAAGUUAAAAGGAAGAUAAAGGAAGUUUUCCAUUCUGACAUUCUAAUUCUAUGGUUACACUACUGUACAGACCAUGGAAUUAGAAUGUUCCAUUCUCACAUUCUAAUUCUAUGGUACAGGCUAUAUCCAAACAACAUCAUCAUCAUGCACUCUCAUUGCAGUAGGUUUCACAUUGGAAGAAUGGUAUUUGUACAAGGUGGUGAACUUAAUGUUAAUUGUUUAUUUAGCUGGCUUGGGAAACCAUGGGUCCAAUGUAGCUUGUCAAUAGCGGUAUGGUGGCUGACUCUCCAUUCAAAUAGACUUUGGGGAGAAGCACCUGUGAUUAGAUUGAAUGAUGUCUCAUGAUUGACUAGACAAAGGACACUCAGUGACCUACGUUGUAAUACAAAUACCACAGUGCUCUUAAUGCCAUGUUCAUGCUGAGUGAUUUGAAGGUAAUACAACCAGAGAUCAACUUAAAAGUGGACCAAACUUAAGGUUCAAGUCAUGUUAAUGUAAUACCGUUUUUUUUUAAUAGCCAAUAGCUUUACUUCUAGAAGUCUCCCUGAUGUAUCCCUCCAAGCACUGUAAUAAACACAGCAAGGUAUUCUGCCAUGCAGCCGCUCUUCAA